AUGUCAAGUCCAUCAUCUCUCACAAUCAGACUCAUCAGAUCAUACAAGCUUAAAACCAGAAAUACUCUAAAGCGCCAUAAAUUGUAUAGUAUUACAACAGGGUGCUUGAAUUCAAUCAACAUCAGACUAGCAAGAUUUACAGUCGAAAGUAACAGUGUAGGAGUUAGCGACAUCAUAAGAGCUGGCAAAAGAUUCAAGGAAUAUGUAUUGGGAGAAAAUGGCUGUAGGAACAAGUACUUCUUUGUUCCAAAAAGACAAAGCCAGCCUACCAUACUGUGUCAUAUUAAAUGUGGUGAAAAGACAACCCAUGAAAUUUUAGAGUUUAACCACUGGACAGCUCAAAUCACGGUUCUCAACCCCACAUUGAAAAUCUUUGGUGGACGCUCGAUAGAUGUAUUAUUGAUAAGAAGUGUCAGUACCAGCAGCAUUUGUGCUUUUAAGGAUGUGAUAGAACAUAUCGUAUUAGGUUCUUUAUUUGAUCCCAAGUCCAGUGCUAAGAUAAGAGUUUCAGUCAAUUUGCUGUUACUGAAAUAA